AUGGAAGCUGAUGGCAAUGCUCUCGUUCCCUUGCGUCAGAAGACAAAAAAGAAAAGUCAAGCGUUCUUUAUAAUGAGCCGACGGAGGAUAUCGUGCAAAGAGCUGGGACAAGCCGAUUGCCAAGGAUGGCUCUACAAAAAGAAGGAAAAAGGAGCUUUCAUUGGCAACAAAUGGAAAAAGUUCUGGUGUGUGCUGAAGGAGUCAUCACUGUAUUGGUACAGCAGUCAGCUGGCUGAAAAAGCAGAAGGAUUCAUCAGACUUCCAGACUUCAGUGUGGACAGAGCAAUUGAAUGCAAAAAAAAGCAUGCUAUUAAGAUCAGCCACCCACAGAUCAAGACAUUUUAUUUUGCAGCAGAAAAUGUUCUGGAAAUGAACACGUGGCUAAGUAAGCUGGGAAUGGCCGUAGUCCCUCAGGCAUCCAAUGGGAAAAAUGAGGAAGAAUGCUACAGUGAAAGUGAACAUGAUGAUACUGAAAUAACAGACACACCAUCUCCACCCUACACAGUCCAGCCACCACCCACUCCUUCGGACCAACAGAAGUCUUCUUUCAUGUCAACUCUGUCAAGUGAAGCGUCUUGUUCCCUCUCUUCUCCUGAAAGCACUUUCAACUCCCAAGAAUCAUCCUCUUCCUUGACAUCUAAAGUGAUUCAUUCUGAGAGACAGUCUUGGCUUGACCUAGUUAACAGCUCUGCCAUGGAAGAAGGUGAUCAGCCUUUAACUUUCUGCGUGCAGAUCCACUCUGAUGAACUGCCAGACAUAGACUGUGGAGAUGCAAUAGAAAGCCAGGAUAUCCGGCUUUCCAAACCCAGUGAUGGAACCCAAAACUGUAUUUUAGGUCUGGAAACAAAUUGUCUAGCCGUGCCAGAUGCAACAGGACAGAGAUCACUAUCCAAAGAUCAGAAUAAAUGUGAUGAUGAUGAGAUGGAGAGACUUUACAAGUCAUUAGAACAAGCAAGCCUGUCUCCCAUUGGUGAUCGUCGGCUGUCAACGAAGAAGGAGCUCAGGAAGUCAUUUAUCAAACGCAGCAAAAACCCUUCCAUUAAUGAGAAACUCCACAAAAUUCGAAUGCUGAACAGCACAUUAAAGUGUAAGGAACAUGACCUGGCCACAAUUAACCAGUUGCUAGAGGACCCAAAGUUGACAGCAGUGAAGUAUAGAGAGUGGAGGAACACAAAUAUCAUGCUGGUCCAAGAUAUCUAUCAACAGCAGGAAGUCCAGGAUGUGUCGACAGAGAAUAGCGAGGAACAAGAGAUGACUCGACAGCCCAUCAUUGAAAGUGCUAUCUGAGGCCAUGGUCUGAUGCUUCACUGCAAGAUUCUUCCCCAUGAGUCUUCAAGUACAGGCAAUUUAAACUGUUGCAUUUUGAGGUUUGUUUUUUCCAAGUGUUCAUCAAGAGGAAAACAAUCCUUUCUGCAAAGCUUUAAUUCUUCCUGCAAAACUCAUGUCAAGUCAAAAGGGUGAAUCCCUCGAGUUAAAAAAGCAUGCCUGCACUUGGACCGUGUGCCUGAGAAGGCUGUUCUAAGAAACAGAAAUAUUUUUUCAUCUCGGGAGAAGUAAACUAUUAAGUCCAACUCCUGCAAGCCACAGAACUGUAUAAUAUGAACUGGAUAUAUGUGAGUUCCCUGGGGUUGCUUUAGCCAUGUAACUUACUGUUAAAGGAAGCUACAACAAUGCCAGAAAGGUUUACUCUACUCUCUACCUUUUUACCCUGUAAGGUAACUUGAUGUAUGAAUUUUUAUCUCUACGCUCAUUCACUUUCACCACGCUUUUGGUUUAAACUGAGACAAAGAGAGUAGU